GCCGCGUUUUUUUUUAAGUUUGUAUACAUUAGAGCUCUAGUAGUUGUUGCACCGCUCGCAGUUCCGGUGUUUUUACUGAACUUCGAGCUGUAUAUUGUCGGCCCUGCAUGUGGAUUUAUUUAUUUAUUUUCUAGGAUUUUGCUACUCUGAGACUCUCCUUUAGUGUGGUGUCUCAUAGACCGGGUAGGCUUCUGGAUUUCCCCGGACAGCACAGGGUGUAUGGAGCGCUUUGUGUUGGUUAUCAAUUGGGAGCGGAGGUUAGAUAACAGCGGGGACACUCAGCAGAUUCCCGCAGGCUUAGCACAUGCACAGAACAUUUAUACACAACUGAAGGAAUAUUGCCUUAAAAAUACAAACACUUUUCCAGCCUGCUCUCUUUCUGGCAAUCCAGCACCAAGAAAGUGGUUCUUUGCUGUUCAGACCAUUUAUGGAUCCUUUCAGUUCUCCAGUCCUGACUGGGAGGAGUUAUGUCCAGCUGCUCAGCCAGAGGAUAGCGAGGAGGUAGCGCAGACGGCUGUUGAAGAAUGCUUAAGCGCCCUUCACAACACAGAUGAUGAAGAGGAUGACAGCAGAGAUUCUGUUUUACAAACAAAUUUGUAUGAAGAGACCGCAGAAUCCCUUCAUCAGUUAUCAGACAAGCUUCCAGCACCAGGUAGAGCACUGGUGGAUGUCAUUUUGCUAGCACCUGAUGUGCCUAAACUGAAGGACUGUGCUCUUGCAGUGGGGGCAAUAAAGCACUUGAAAGAAUGGCAUUCUGCCAAAAUCACUAUUUAUUCUAAAGAAUGCAAAGGAUGGCAAAAGAUAGCACAUUUCCUCUCUGCUGGUGUAGUGAAUUAUGAGAAUCCUGAGGCUUUAAUUGAUCCAGAAGAGCUAUGGAGGGGUUCAGUUGAAAUAAGUGAAACAAAGUUUAGUUCUGAUGUUGAAUUUCCAGAAUUUUGUAUACGUUCUACCACUGAAGGAAGUUCUCAGGCAUCUUACUUAAGACUCAGUACUACAUUAAAAAGUCAUGUGGAUAAGACCAAAGCUGCGUUACCAGAGGUUUUCCAUUACUUUGGUUCGUCACUGGAGUUUGUUCAGAUGGUGAUGCUUUCUGAACUCCCAUCAUAUUUUAUAUCAAACUGUAUGUUUGAACUAAGUCUGACAAGAAACUCUCUGCAGGGGAAAUCGAAACUGAUGUUGGAUCAGCUGUGCUCUCUAAAUGAAAAGGUAGGUGCCAUCUUUAUGUUACCAUGUAACGUCUGCAGCCUGCCCAUUCCACCCGCUCUUCAGCGUAGCACACGGAAAUGGAAAGAAUAUAUGUCAAGGAAACCAAAGGUGAUCAAAGUUCCAGGCACAGAGUUAAAAGGGGAGUACUGUAGUUACUAUUUCCUAAUUCAAUACAAGGACAGUGGAGUGUGCAAAGCGACAUUGCUUCAUUCUGCUAGCCAGAUCAAUGGAGCAGCAUCUCUGGUUUUGUUACAUAGGAAGCUGAAUAAUAAACAGGAAGAGCAACAUAAAUUUAAUGAAGAAAUCCCUCUGGACUCAGUUCCACAUUUCCAUGGUGAUCAGAUUAUUUUGAGAGAGAAGACUUUGGCUCAAACUCAGGCCUUAGCUGUUAAGGAGUAUUUAAAGAGACUAGAAAUCACUCCUCACACCGCACCUAAUGUUAACGCGCUUAAGACCCUGUUGGCACUUACAAGGGAUCAUGUGUUUGGAAUUUGUGAAAACCACAUAAAUAACAAUUGCAAGCUUUCUUUGAAUACGUCUCUUUCAGGGACAGUAGCAACAGAUACAGAAAUCACAGAAUUAAAUCCAUCAGAGUGGCCAGAAAGGAACGUCCUACAGAAUUUGGAAAACUUUGAAAAAAUAAAGCAGAGGAUUAGAGCCUCUAUUCUUUCAAGCUCAGCUGAACAGCUGCUUGGUCGAAAAGAUGGUCAGAAGGAAGGAAUGACCUUACUAGAUGCUAAAGAGCUACUGAAAUACUUUACUCCCCAGGGAUUAGCAAUUGGAGAUCUACAGCCACUGCAGGUUCAACGAGGUGAUAAUGCAUUCCUUUUAACACCAAAGCUUACCCCAAGGAAACUGAAAGGCUUACCCUUUGAAGAAGCAUCAGAAUGUCACUAUCAUGGUCUUGAAUAUUGCCUUGAUAACCGAAAAGCACUUGAACGAGAUGUAUCGUUUUCAGAACUUCAGUCACGCCUUAUUCGAUAUGAAACUCAGACCACUUGUACUAGAGAGUGUUGCCCUAUACCAUUUGCUCUUAGUCCCAUUCCAUCACCUGCUGUUAUAUCUGAGCCUGGUAGCGUUCCUGAUGGAGAAUCAUUGCAAACAGAGCCCAGAGCAGACCCACUAAGGCUUAAAAGACGAUCGAAGGAACUGGAUGUUCUCUUUGCCAGCAAAAGACUUAUGAAAUCUGAUAGUUCAGAUUCUCUGCUAUCCCUUCCAAGUGAAAGUUCUACACUGUCACUAAGGAGUACAAGAGCGAGACCAGAAAAAUCAGACUCUAGCUUGUCUAGUCAACCAUCCAGUAGCCAACUUCAGUCAAGUAAAUCUUCUCAACAGAACAAACGUUUGCCCCAAGAACAGGAGAACAAGGAGUCAAGAUCUCAAAAACAUAACCGGAUGCUAAAAGAAGUAGUAUCAAGAACUCUAGAGAAACAUGGAGUUGGAUCGAGUCACCCAUGCUACGCAGCAUGCAGCCAGAGACUAUUUGAUAUUUCAAAGUUCUUUUUAAAGGAUUUGAAGACCUCAAGAGGGCUUCUGGAUGAAAUGAAGAAAGCUGCCAGUAAUAAUGCUAAACAGGUAAUACAGUGGGAAUUAGACAAGCUGAAGAAGAAAUGACCUAAGAAGAAUGUCAGCUUUUCCCUUUAAUUCUUAGCGGACUAUUGGAAUGUGCUGUGUUGUAAAAUUAAAUACUACUUGUACAUUAAACCUUGUAAUCUAUACAGUCUUAACUUAAACUAUUUACGUAUUCCUCCACCUUACAAUUCUGUGUUUACAUCUGGCACUUUAUCUUCCUGCUCUAACAAUAUUCAUUAUGUUCUACUGCUGGAGAUUCUUUGUUUUCCUGGAACCUAAUGUUCUGUUAACAGAAUAUAUCAGUUUGCUUUAGAAGACUAUAAGCAGUGCAUUAACCCCUUUUCAAUGGAACAAUGAUCCUUGUACAGAGAGAGCCCAGUCACCAGUAUAAUGAAGGCCUUCCUCAAGGUUAUAGAAACUGAGCUUUCGCACUAUGAAUAUAUAAAUGUAAAUAAUAAAUAUCUUGCCAAAUGCCCAUUGCGUGUAUUUUUAUUUAUUUAGUGUAAGUAAUGUAUGUUGUGUUAGAGAAAUGAGAUCUGGAAAACCUAUUAUAGCUAGUCCUUGUCUAAGGAACUAAUUCAUUUAGUUAUACUGAGGGCAACUGUGUUACGUUGUAGUAGUGAAAAUCAGGCAUUUGCUGUUAAAGGGACGUUAGUCUGUUUUUCUGUCUCUCUAAAAUAAAAGUGCUUUUUACAA